AUGGUGUUGAUAGGUAUCGUCCGUAAAAGUGUGCUGUUAUUACUGCUGGAAGUGACAGCGAGCCCAAACACGGCCAUGGCGGACACCGAGGAAUGGGGAAAGCCUGUGGAGAGGAAAGGGAGGCUAACUGUAGUCCUGGUGCUGGCAACACUCAUAGCUGCCUUUGGUUCGUCCUUCCAGUACGGCUAUAAUGUCUCUGUGGUCAACUCUCCAUCGCAGUUCAUGCAGCAGUUUUAUAAUACAACCUACAUGGAGCGUUACCACAGCCCGAUGGAGGAGAACGUCCUGACUCUGCUGUGGUCUCUCUCCGUGUCCAUGUUCCCUCUCGGAGGCUUCUUCGGCUCUCUGAUGGUGGCCCCUCUGGCCAACAAACUUGGGAGGAAGGGCACCCUCCUCUUCAACAACAUCUUCUCCAUCGUCCCUGCUAUAAUGAUGGGAGUCAGUGAGAUCGCCAAGUCCUACGAGAUCAUCAUUGUAGCCAGGUUUAUAGUAGGCAUCUGUGCAGGUCUCUCUUCCACUGUGGUGCCCAUGUAUCUGGGUGAGAUCGCUCCCAAAAACCUGAGGGGAGCUCUCUGCAUUGUUCCAGAACUUUUCAUCACUUUUGGCAUCCUCUGCGCCCAAGUGCUGGGCAUUAGAAACAUACUGGGAAACAGCACAGGCUGGACCCUCCUGCUUGGCCUUACUGGUAUUCCCGCCGCGAUUCAGCUCCUGCUGCUCCCCUUCUUCCCUGAGAGCCCCAGGUACAUGCUCAUCCAGAAUGGAGACGAGAAGAAAGCAACGAAGGCACUGCAGCGCCUGCGUGGGUGGGACGACGUGGACAGCGAGCUGUUGGAGAUGCGUCAGGAGGACCAGUCCGAGAAGGCCGAAGGUCACCUGAGUGUGUUCUCCCUGCUGUCCCAGCGCUCUCUUCGCUGGCAGCUGAUCUCCAUAGUCGUCAUGAACAUGGGCCAGCAGCUGUCGGGUGUCAAUGCGAUCUACUACUAUGCAGACAUCAUAUACGGCUCUGCAGGAGUCAGGGAGAGUGACAUCCAGUAUGUCACAGUGGGAACGGGAGCAGUAAAUGUCUUUAUGAGUGUAACUGCUGUGUUCAUCGUGGAAGCCUCAGGUCGCCGCCUGCUCCUCCUCUGUGGUUUUGGGAUCUGCUGCGGAGCCUGUGUGCUGCUCACUGUCGCACUCAACUUGCAGGAGACUGUGACAUGGAUGCCCUAUGUCAGCAUCGCCUCUGUCAUCAUCUACGUCAUCGGACAUGCCAUAGGACCGAGUCCCAUUCCUUAUGUGGUGGCCACUGAGAUGUUCCGGCAAACAGCCAGGCCUGCGGCAUUCAUGGUGGCCGGCUCCGUCCACUGGCUCUCCAACUUCGUCGUUGGUUUAAUCUUUCCCUUCCUCGAGCGAGGCCUGGGCCCCUACAGCUUCAUCAUUUUUGCCGUCAUCUGUCUGGUCACCCUGAUCUACAUCUGGCUGGUGGUGCCCGAAACAAAGAAGAAGACCUUCCUGGAGGUCUUCCAGAUGUUUGCAAAGAGGAACAAAGUGGAGUUAAAUCUGGGUGACGGCGAUCUGCCGCUGAAAGAGCUCAAAGAGAGCCCACAGGAUGCACAGAAGGCCACGCCCUUCUGAAGAAAGAAGGAGAACAUUGAUAGAAGAGGAAGUAUUCGCUGCGGGUGUGGAGCGAGGGAGUGUGUGUGUGGUAGAAGACUUGACAGUGUUUUAAUUUUAGAUGCCUCUGUGUGCCUUUUCUUUGUAUUUGCGCCUGCAGAUGUUGGUAGAUU